AUGUGGUCCUCUCACAAACCCAAACUCAGUGGACUUCGACAUUCUGUCAAAUCUAAAAUGGGUAUUCCAUCCUCAUUACCCACAAACCCUAACCCCAGCCCCAGUCCGCCAUUACCUCAGUCCCCACCACCACAAACGCCACCACUACCACAAUCGCCACCACCUCAGUCACCGCCACCACCCCCAAGCCAAAUACCGCCUCUCAUUUCGCCUACUCCCCUCUCGCCGCAAUCCGAGCCACAAAAUGAAACACCAAUUCCCGACACCCAUUCCCCAGAACCUGCGCCUACCCAAACAAAAACAAAAGGCAAAACAAAAAGGGCCGCAGGUAGACUCAAAGAAACCCCUGUCGGAAAACGAAAACGAGUACCCUCUGUCCCUUUCGACUUAAACUCUCCACCUCAGUCCUCUGAACCAGUUAGCAAAAGGACCAGGUCUUCCUCGCAAACCCCAAAGACCACGGUCCAAACACCAGUAACCCAGUCUCCCUUACACUCUCCAGCACCUGCGUCAUCUGCAGAUACUAUUGAGGAGGGAACCAGUGUACAAAGAUCUAACCCUGGAAUUUUUGAGUUCCCUAAGGCUGAGUUUCAAACCAGCAGUGCCUGA